AUGCGCUUACACAACAAUCUAGAAUCAGUUGAUGAACAAGAAACUGCCACAUUUGCUAAAUGGAUUCUAGACAUUGGAGAUGGAAUUAUAGAUGAUGAAAAUGAUGGUUAUGCUACCAUUCAAAUUCCUGCUCAUCUACUCAUUACUCAAUAUGAUGAUCCAAUCAGCGCUAUAGUCAAAUCAACAUUCCCAGACUUAGAUCAGCAUCACAAUAAUCCUGAAUUCUUUAAAUCGAAGGCAAUACUAGCUUCAACAAAUGAAACCGUAGAACAAAUCAAUCAUUACGUGCUAUCCUUCAUUCCAAGUGACCACAUGGAAUAUCUAAGCUCUGAUUCGGUUGAUAAAUCAGAAAGCAGUGAGAAUUCGUAUUUCCAAUCAAUUACUACUGAAUUCCUUAAUUCAUUGAACACAUUCGGUUUGCCAACUCAUUCUAUCAAACUUAAAAUUGGAAGUCCUAUAAUGCUGUUAAGAAACCUCGACCAAAAUCAAGGUCUAUGUAACGGUACUAGAUUAGUGGUAACAAAGAUGGAAAAACAUGCAAUUGCAGCUGAAAUUAUCUCAGGUAAAAACAUUGGCCUCGCUGUUUAUAUUCCAAGAAUGUCAAUGUCCCCUUCACAAUCACCCUGGCCGUUUAAACUAUUAAGAAGACAAUUUCCGAUUAUGCUAUCUUAUGCAAUGACAAUUAACAAGUCACAGGGACAAUCACUAUCCAUGGUUGGACUUUAUUUGCCGAAACCAGUAUUCACUCAUGACCAAUUAUAUGUUGCAUUGUCAAGGGUCAACUCAGCAAAAGGAUUAAAAAUUCUGAUUCAUGAUGAUGAGCAGAAAAGCAUGAAUUCCACUACCAAUGUAGUAUACAAAGAAGUGUUCAGAAACAUUAAAAGUUAA